GUUUUAAAAUGGCGCCCAUUUCGACAUGGAAUUUGUUUACAGUCAAACAAGAUCUGUUAAAGGCACAUUACGAGUGCUCUUCGAGGGGCCUUAGACAGAGUGCAAAAUGGUCAGCAGAGAUGUCCUAUGCUUUGUCCAUUAUUCAAAUCCCACCAGAAGAAGAUCCUCAUUUCACACAGGAAAACCCUGACUCAAUGAAGGAAUGGGAUAAAUACCUAUUAGCAAAAAGCUAUUUCGAUGUACAGGAAUAUGACAGAGCUGCUUAUUUUUCACAGAACUGUGUUUCUCCCAAGACUCACUUUCUUCAUUUAUAUUCAAGAUAUUUGUCUGGGGAGAAGAAGAAGUUAGAUGAUAUGGUAGACACUGUUGUUCCAGGUGAAAAAGUUCGAAAUGAAGCUUUGAAGCCACUGAGAGCAGAGUUACAGAAGGUACACUUGCAGAAGUCUCUUGAUGGUUACUUGUUAUAUUUGUACGGAGUGAUCUUGAAAAGACUCCAACUUCAGAAACAAGCCAUAGAAGUGCUGUGUGAAGCAGUUCAUAAAGAACCACUCCACUGGGGGGCAUGGCUGGAACUGGCAACUUUAAUCAUAGACAGAGAGAUGCUUUCAACUUUGUCUUUACCAAACCACUGGAUCAAGGAAUUCUUUCUUGCUCAUGCUUAUCUUGAACUACAGUUGAAUGAAGAAGCAUUAGACAUUUAUACCCGACUACAGGAAGUGGGCUUUCUAGCAAGUACUUACCUUAAAGCCCAAGUGUCUAUUGCUUACCAUAACAUGAGAGAAGUCGACCAAGCAAUAGAAGGAUUUCAGGCUCUUCAGAAAGUGGAUCCUUAUCGCUUAGACAACACUGAUAUUUUUUCUAACCUGCUUUAUGUGAAGGAAAUGAAGGUUGAGUUAAGUUUUCUAGCUCACCAAUGCUGUGAAACAGACAAGUAUCGAGUGCAGACAUGUUGUGUAAUAGGAAACUUUUAUAGUUUACGAUCUCAACAUGAAAAGGCUGUUCUCUAUUUUCAACGAGCUUUGAGACUUAACCCAAAUUAUCUGUCUGCUUGGACUCUCAUGGGACAUGAGUAUAUGGAAAUGAAGAACACCCAGGCAGCAAUCCAGUCAUACAGACAAGCUAUAGAAGUGAACAGGAGGGAUUACAGAGCUUGGUAUGGGCUAGGACAGACCUACGAGAUGUUAAAAAUGCCAUUUUACUGUCUUUAUUAUUAUCGACUUGCUCAACAACUUAGGCCAAACGACUCUCGGAUGAUGGUUGCGCUUGGGGAGGCAUAUGAAAAGCUAGACAAGCUUCAAGAAGCCAAGAAGUGUUACUGGAAGGCUCAUUCUGUUGGAGACAUUGAAGGAAUGGCAUUAAUCAAACUUGCUAAGUUAUAUGAUAAACUUGGGGAAGAAGAACAGGCUGCAGCAGCAUAUAGUGAUUAUGUAAGAGAUGUGGAGAUUAGAAGGGGAAUAGAAAGAGAAGAGCAAAGCAGUGCCUUCCGUUUCCUUGCUGGUUAUUACAAGAAACAUGGGCGGCUAGAAGAAGCUUAUGAAAAUGCCCAGAAAUGUACAGAAUAUAGUGAGACUAGAGAAGAAGCAAAAGCACUUUUAAGGGAAAUUGCUCAGUUAAGAAGCAUGCAAGAAAAUGGAGCAAUGCAGGUGGAAGACAAUGGUUCUGUAUCAAGAGGACCUCAUUUACAGUUUCAGGCAAACAAUACGCCACUUGGACGUUUGAGUCCAAUGAAUCUGACAUUUACACCUUAAUUGCUACAUUUAUCACUUAAAUUAGAAGCAUUUAUAUCUGAUUGAUUCUGUUUCUGUUACUGCAAUUAUAUGUAUAUUUCAGAUUAUUUUAAGUUGAAUAAAUCUUACCAAAUAAUUA